UUAAAUGGUUUAAGAAUAUUUAAAAAAUCAGAUUUUGAAUAUUAAAGAUAAAAUUGGGUGAGCACUGAGCAUGCUUUGUGAAUCACUGUAUAUGGUAAUGGAUUCAAAGUACAAUUUAUUUUUUAAAUAUUGUAUCUAAAUAAAAUGCUAAAGGUGUGGAACGUUCAUGAAUCUACACUUAAGACUAAACAGUCAACAUCAAACUAUGUAAUAAUAACAUAUGAAAGUUUGAAUAGAUGGGUUGGUUCCAUAGACAUUAUUAUGUAUAUCAUGGGCGUACCCAGGAAUUUUUAAAGGGGGUCCAAAUUUUGUUGACAUGUAAAAAGUAUACAAUAAGUGAUUUGCACCUUGAAAAUUUUAAAUUUUGUUAAUCAAUAGGGGGAGAAUCCAGACCCGUACGCCCGUGAUGACUAUGGUUCCCACAUUUGAACAAUUUAUUGUAUUAGGAUAAAAAAUCGGAAUUGAAGACCAAUAGACAAUAGGUAGUAAUGGAUGCAGUUAGAUUUAUAUAAUUUAAUUUUUUGAUACUUAUUACUUAAUAAAUAAUUAACUUUUUUCGAACACAUUUAGCGGUCCGAUACAGGUCGUUAUGUUUCGUUGGUAUAUCGUACAUGUAACUUUUUCUUCAUUUGAUUUUGAACAGGUACAGAAAAUAAUAAUUAUUAUUUAUGAUCAACGGUCAAUAGACGUAUAGAUCUUAUGGUCGAUAGUCGAUACACACUCUAGUAAAUCUAGGACGAAAUAUCGUACAGUACCUACUAACCUACUACAGUCGGCGCAAGUAUGUUUUUAUUAUUACUAUAGGGCAGUUUGUUUAAGACGUAAGUCUGCGUUUCGUGGUGGACGACACCAACAGGCAACGUGACGUAGGUACCAGUGUAUAGCUGAUCAACAGAUGCACAGAACCAAGUUGAGAACACACCAAUAUUGUGUUUAGCCAAUUAGCUAUGAUUUUGGGUCUUUGGAGCUUGCAAGUUUGGGUUUGUCGUUACUCGUUUCACGUUUGUUUUGGGGUAAACGCAUUUUUAGUCCCCGCCAAUUAGUAAGAUAGGACAUUUGCCCCCCCCCCCCCGGGAGUUUUAAUAAAACGUUAUUUAGCCAUAGCACAGAACAAAGGCCAUAGUUUACGUAUUAAUUGUUUAAGAAUUACAUUUGACAGUUGAAAAUUAUAAUGCAGGUAAUAUAUUUUAAAAUGUUUAUAUCUUAUUUAUAUAAAUUAUACUGACAUUUUACGUUUUAUAAAAAUAGUUGAAAUUUAAAAAAAAAAAAAAGCAAUAUAAAUGUAUUUAAUUGAAAUAUCAGUGGACCAAACGUCCAAUAUUAAUAAUUGACGGAGACGAUUUCGUCCGUGGACUGGUUUUAUUGACCCGGACGAAACGGCGGGAGACGAUAUUUUGUUUGCCUAAAAAGACCAUAGACAUAUAAAUAAUAUUUAUAUAAUAUAUUAUAUUAUAGACUAUCUAUAUCAUGGUAUAUAAUAUUAUAAUAGACCACGGACUAAAGACUAUAUUAUUAUAUCUUAUUUCUUAGUGCUAAUAUUCGUGUAAUUUAUUUGUUUAAUUAAUUUAAUUUAUCUCGUACAUUUAUCAUCAGUUGCCUCAUCAGCAAUAGUCAAUAAUGCGGCAUUAUAAUAACCUUCAAAUCUACGUAUUUAAAUGUAUUGUUCGAAAUUUCGACGCCAUUUUACAAUCUCAAAACAUAAAGUAUUAAAUAAUAUACAAGAUACGUAAUAUUAAUUAAGAACACGACAACACUUCUUCCUAGUACUCGAAUGCAUCAAAUUAGAUUGUGAUGUCAAAUUAUUAUUGAAUGUAAUUUAGUAAAACAUAAAUAUUAAGUAUUACACGAUGUUCUUGAAUGGAAUUUUUUUAAAUGUUAUCUGUUUUUGAUAAGUAAUUAUAGAUAACAACGAAUUAAUCGUGCAACUUUAAAUUUUAAUUGAACGUCGUCGAGUGUUUCUCUUUCUAUUGAACAGUACAUCACUUUUUUCGAUUAUUAGUUAACUCUUAUUUGACUACAAUACAAUAGUACUCUAAAACUUUUUAGAACUCUUUAGACUUUAUUUCCAUUCUUAGCUGUUUUAUUGUUUCGGUCGUGUAAAAAAAUGGGUGAUUCUAGCAUUUUAAAACCUGGAUCCAUCGUUGGAUUCUGUAACCCAUUAUUGGAUAUGACUGUUGUUGGCGAUCAAAAUUUAUUAGAUAAAUAUGAUCUAAAAAAUAAUAAUGCUAUCUUGGCUGAGGAAAAACACAUGCCUCUCUAUGAAGAAUUGAUGAAGAAUAAAAAUAUUGAAUACACCGCUGGAGGUUCAGCUCAAAAUUCUUUAAGGGUCGCUCAGUGGACUUUGGAAAAACCUAACAUAACUGUGUUUUUUGGUGCGGUUGGUAAAGAUAAAUACAGUGAAAUUUUGAAACUUAAAGCUAACAGUGAGGGAGUUGAUGUUAAAUAUCAAUACUCUUCGGAAAAACCCACUGGCACCUGUGCAGUUAUUGUUACCAAUAAUGGCAAAGAUAGAUCUUUGUGUGCUAAUUUAUCAGCUGCAGAGACUUUUACUGAAGGCCAUUUGGAUGUUCCUGAAAAUAAAGCUAUAGUUGAAAAUGCAAAAUUCUACUUAGUUACAGGUUUUUUCUUACAAGUCAAUGUAAAAGCUGUUCAAAGAAUUGCUAAGAUUGCUUUUGAACGAAAGUGUCCAUUUUUAUUCAAUAUGAGUGCUCCGUUUAUUUAUCAAUUUUAUAUGGAUUCAGUUAUGUCAAUUUUUCGUUAUGUUACUAUUGUAGUGGGAAAUGAUGAAGAAGCCAAAGCAUUUUCUGACGGACAAAAAUGGAAUUUAACUAACAUUGAGGAAAUUGCAUGUAAAUUAAGUACUUUUGAUAUAGAAAAUGAUGGACAUCGUUUAGUUAUUAUAACUCAAGGUGAAAAACCAGUCCUCGUUGCUAAAGAUGGAGUUAUCACACAAUAUCCAGUGCCUAAAAUUCCAAUAAGUAAUAUUGUUGAUUCAAAUGGUGCUGGUGAUGCAUUUAUUGGUGGUUUUAUCAGCAAAUAUAUUUUGGAAUAUCCAAUUAAAACCUGUAUAGAAGCGGGAAUUAAUGCAGGAUCAUAUAUUAUACAACAACCAGGAAUGACGAAAGGAGAUUCAUUUAAAAUAUAAAUAUUAUGUUAAUAUGUUAUAACAAGACUUGUUACAGUAAAAUUAGUUGUCAUACAAGACUAAUAUUUAUUUUACUGAUGCGACUUCUUAAUUAUGUAACAAUAUUUUUUAUUUAACAUUAUUAUUAUAUUAUGAUUAUGAUACUCAAAUAAAUACAUUUGGAAUAAG